GAGUUAAGAAUUUAUUUUAUUAAGCGGAUUUCAAAGUCACAGAGCUCGCUAGCCUAGUUUACGCUCAGUGCGACGCAAGCAUGGCUGAGGGUGUUGCGAAGAACGGCGCGUACAAAUACGACGACGGUACACGAUACAUCGGAGAUUGGAAUCGUCGGGGUUUGAAACACGGGGCUGGUUUGCUAGUUCUUCCGGACGGAACGCGUUACGACGGAGCGUUUCAGAAUGGAUUGUGCUCCGGUCUGGGAGUUCUCGUAUUUUCCGACGGUGCCAAAUACGAAGGCGAGUUCAUGCAAGGAUGGUUUCACGGUCACGGUGUAUUUUGGCGAGCCGACGGAAUGAAAUUCGAGGGAGAAUUUCGCGGAGGCCGUGUUUGGGGCUUAGGUUUAGUGACUUACGCCGAUGGAUCGCACGGGUUUCCGAGAAACGAAGGUUUCUUUCAAGAUUGCAGAUUGGUGCGACGACGACGUUGUCCGGAUGUAGUGCAAAAGGCACAAAGAAUUUCUAUGAUGGCGCGCGCUCAAUGCAAUUAAAAAUGCAAGUGCAUACUUUCGUGUGUGACUAAAGCGUGACGCUUUAUAAUAUGCAAGUUUCUUGAAUCUCGGACGAAAUUGUGCGUUACGUGCCUAAAAGAAAAAAAAUUGGAGAGGGAACAACAAGGUUAGAACUACUUUCCGCUCGGAGAGGCGUGGUCCAGCCGGAUGUUCCAGUUUUUGAAGGUGCGGCAAUCAGCGGUCAAUGUAUAACAUGCAUGUAAUUGUUUUUUUUUUUUUUUUUUUUUUUUUUUUUAAAAAAUAUCGAAAUGAUUUCAUUUUCUAUUGUGCCUUUUUGUGCGUGAAAAAAUAAUGCAAUAAUAUAAAAUUCACGAUAAAGUUAAGCACCGCCAGUAUUGUUCUUUCUCCAUCUUUUCUUUCUCCAUAUUUUCUCUUCGAAAAGAACCGCACCUUGAAACUUUUUACGCG